AAUCGCUGGAGUUUCUCUUUUUCUCUUUUUAUUAAUUAAUUUAUCAUCACAAUGCUUCCUCGCACAAUUACUCGCGCACUCCCGCGCGCUGCUUUCGCUCGCACUCCUGCCUCCAGACUCCCAGCCUCAUUCCGGAGAUGGAACUCCACAGAGGGUGGUGAGGAGAAGGUAAAGGGCCAGGUCAUUGGUAUUGAUCUUGGUACCACCAACUCUGCCGUGGCUGUUAUGGAGGGCAAGUCCCCUAAGAUCAUCGAGAACGCUGAAGGUGCUCGCACUACUCCUUCCGUUGUUGGUUUUGCACAGGAUGGUGAGCGCUUGGUCGGUAUUGCCGCCAAGCGUCAGGCCGUUGUCAACCCCGAGAACACUCUGUUCGCUACCAAGCGUCUGAUUGGUCGCAAGUACACCGAUGUCGAGGUUCAGCGUGACAUUAAGGAGGUUCCCUACAAGAUCGUCCAGCACAGCAACGGUGACGCCUGGGUUGAGGCCCGUGGCCAGAAGUACUCUCCUUCCCAGGUCGGUGGCUUCGUCCUUAACAAGAUGAAGGAGACCGCCGAGGCCUACCUCGGCAAGCCCGUUAAGAACGCCGUUGUUACUGUUCCCGCAUACUUCAACGACUCUCAGCGUCAGGCUACCAAGGAUGCUGGUCAGAUUGCCGGCCUGAACGUUCUCCGUGUCGUGAACGAGCCUACCGCUGCUGCCCUUGCCUACGGUAUGGAGAAGGAGGCUGACCGUGUUGUCGCUGUCUACGAUCUUGGUGGUGGUACCUUCGAUAUCUCCGUCCUCGAGAUCCAGAAGGGUGUCUUCGAGGUCAAGUCUACCAACGGUGACACUCACCUUGGUGGUGAGGAUUUCGAUAUCCACCUCGUCCGCAACAUCGUUGCCGAGUUCAAGAAGGAGACCGGUGUCGACCUUACCGGCGACCGUAUGGCCAUCCAGCGUAUCCGUGAGGCCGCCGAGAAGGCCAAGAUCGAGCUGUCCUCUUCCCUCCAGACUGAGAUCAGUCUUCCUUUCAUCACUGCCGGCGCCAGCGGUGCUUUGCACAUUACCCAGAAGCUGACCCGUUCUCAGCUCGAGGCUCUGGUCGAACCCCUUAUCAGCCGUACUACUGAGCCCGUCCGCAAGGCCCUGAAGGAUGCCAACCUCCAGUCUGGUGACAUUCAGGAUAUCAUCCUGGUCGGUGGUAUGACCCGUAUGCCCAAGGUCACUGAGUCCGUCAAGGCCCUAUUCGGCCGUGAGCCCUCCAAGUCCGUCAACCCUGAUGAGGCUGUUGCCAUCGGUGCCGCUAUCCAGGGUGCCGUCCUGGCUGGUGAGGUCACUGACGUCCUCCUGCUCGAUGUCACUCCUCUUUCCCUCGGUAUCGAGACCCUCGGCGGUGUCUUCACCCGUCUGAUCAACCGCAACACUACCAUCCCCACCAAGAAGUCUCAGACCUUCUCCACCGCUGCUGACAUGCAGACCGCUGUCGAGAUCAAGGUCUACCAGGGUGAGCGUGAGCUCGUCCGUGACAACAAGAUGCUGGGCAACUUCCAGCUUGUUGGCAUUCCCCCCGCUCACCGCGGUGUCCCCCAAAUCGAGGUCACCUUCGACAUUGACGCUGACUCCAUUGUCCACGUCAACGCCAAGGAUAAGUCCACUAACAAGGACCAGUCCAUCACCAUUGCCUCCGGCUCCGGUCUUUCUGACGCCGAGAUCCAGUCCAUGGUUGAGGAGUCCGAGAAGUACGCCGAGACUGAUAAGGAGCGCAAGGCCGCCAUUGAGGCCGCCAACCGCGCCGACAGCGUCCUGAACGAUACCGAGAAGGCCCUCAAGGACUUCGAGGACCGUCUUGACAAGGCUGAGGCCGAUACCAUCAAGGAGAAGAUCGCCACUCUCCGUGAGUUCGUUGUCAAGAGCCAGUCCGGCGAGAGCACCACCACUGCUGAGGAGCUCAAGGAGAAGGUCGACGACCUCCAGACUGCCAGCUUGACCCUGUUCGACAAGAUGCACAAGGCCAACAACGAGCAGCAGCAGCAGCAGCAGCAGGGUGGUGAGCAGCAGGGUGAGACCAAGCAGUAA